AUGGAGAAGGAGAAACAGAAGCAGUUUGUGCUUGUCCAUGGGCUCUGCAACGGAGCGUGGUGUUGGUACAAAGUGAAAGUGAUGCUGGAGGCUGCAGGUCACUGCGUGACCGCAGUGGAUCUGGCUGCAUCAGGUAUAAACAUGACCAGACUGGAAGAGAUUCAGACUUUGAAGGAUUACUCCAAACCGUUGCUUGACGUUCUGAGCUCGCUUGGGUCGGAUGAAGAUAAGGUGAUUCUUGUUGCUCAUAGCAUGGGAGGAAUACCUGCUGCUCUUGCUGCUGACAUCUUCCCUCGUAAGAUCGCUGCUAUUGUCUUCGUGACAUCUUUCAUGCCCGACACAAGAAACCCACCGGCUUAUGUUAUAGACAAGCUGAGAAGCACUUCACAAACGGAUCGGUUGGACACCGUGUUAGGAGUCUACGGGAGACCUGAUCGUCUUUUAAGGUUUGCUCUUGCCGGACCAAAGUCCAUGGCUAAGAAUGCCUAUCAACUCUCUCCAGUUGAAGAUCUUGUAUUGGCGACAAUGUUGGUGAGGGUAAACCCGGUGAUCACGGACAAUCUGGCAGGGACAAGAAGCUUCAGUGAGGAAGGGUACGGAUCUGUUAAUCGUGUGUACAUCGUAUGCGGAGAGGAUAGAAGGAUACCUGAGGAUUACCAGCGUUGGAUGAUCAGCAACUUUCCGGUGAAUGAAGUGAUGGCGAUCAAAGAUGCAGAUCAUAUGGCAAUGUUCUCCAAGCCCCAAGAACUCUGUGGUCUUCUCUUGGAAAUUGCAGAUAGAUAUGCAUAA